UGUAUUAGAAUUUUUUCGUUCGGCGCAACAGUUCAAACACGGAAGCCAAGACGAGCAAAAGCUUCUUUUGUACGAUAGCAACGGCAAAAGCUUCUUUUGUACGAUAGGUGCAUUACAUUAGCUAACCGGUCUGUCGGUGCGACAGUAACAGCCGUAUAUUGCGCUGCGGGUGAUCAUUCAUCAAAAAACAAGCCCAUAUGACGCGACUGCUUAUGUUAAAGCCAAGCACGUUGUUUGACUGGAAGCAGUACCGAACCGGAACCAGCGAAGAUUGACAUCGACCAUACGCGUGAUGCCGGUUUAUAACGGUUUGCUCGACAAAUUUUCAUGGUUUACAGCAAAGCAGUACUUCCGUCGAAUAUGGCGAUUUACAUUUACGCACCGUUUUUGGAUCAACUAACAUCCACGCUGUCAAGUAUCGACUCGGUAAAAUGCGUUGAGGAUUUUUCUACAGUUUUCUCCAGUUCGGAUCAUCCGGAUGCCGAGCAUUGGUUUACCUGUGAUGAUCGUCUUCAAGUGCUUCGGUAUUUACAAAAUGUAUCGCAACACACUGCACAUUUAUUCGCUUCCUGCGAAACCGAUAUCCCUCAAACCAACAAAAUUGUGGAGACCUCCCGGCGUAUCCAUGGUCAUUUAAACAAUUUAGCGGGGGAAUUGCGUAAAUGCCUGCAGUGCCCGGAAUCCCGCAGCUCCUGCCAUUCUUUAAUUAUGAAAUCGUUCAAGGACGCUUUCAAACAACUUCAACCGAUAAAAAUGCUGGAUGAUCUCUACAAGGUGAUUAUCACUGGCGCAGAAGCGGAAAGUAAUUUCGAAGUCCUCUAUGAACAGUCCAAUUCUGUGUCGUCAGCCUGUUUCAAGGAAUGGUGCGAAUUCGCUAUUUUGACGUGCUUCCGAAUCCAUCUGUUCUACAUGGUUUAUCUUAACCAAAUCCAAGAAAUGGAUUUCCCGCAAAUUCCAGUUGAUUAUGAUGCCAUGAUCGCUAAAUUCGCAGACAUUAUGGAUAGGCUUCAUACCGCCAUGCAGCAGGGUACCAAGCGAUUCUUCACUCCCAACAAUAUUCAACGAACGGAAAUUAUGGAGCUGAUUGACGGAUAUAUAACGGAAUUUGAUCGCGAACCCAUGAGCCAUAACCGCGAGAUCGCCGACAAAAUCGGAGCGAAAUUAAAUGAGAUUUCCCCCGAUUAUGCUUGGUGCGUUGUCGUAGCCGAAGAUACUUCAAAAAUGCGCAACACUAUGAUCUAUUCUGAUGACCACGCCCAAGCACUUUUUCUCCAAGAAUCGAUCCACUGGCAAACCGUUCCCCUGAUAACGCAAAUGCAAGCGCCGCGUCAUGAAGCUUAUUCCCAAGGAACUGAGUGCGGCGUCGUGACCGUUGCGAAAAAGGUCGCGGUGGGAAUGGAAGCACAUCAGCGCCGUAUCACGGUCUUCUGGAAGAAAUUAAGGGACCAGAAUUUUGAUCUCGCGCCGGAAGCUCGGGAAGUGUUGAGUAAAGUGGAUGUCCGCGACCUCGUAUCAGUUUCCGAAGAAUGCGUGAAUAACCGCAACACUGUACGGAGUCCAGCGCAGGAUCAUCUGGAGGAUGCGGUGUUCGGAAUGAAUGUGGAUUAUGUCGUGUGCAUGGGACUGCAGCAGUCGCGAACCGGCGGGGAGUUGGGUGUGUACAGUAGUCGUAACGGAUGGCUACAGCAUGUGGAAAACAAGAGCGGACAUAUAUUACUGUGGUUGUGUGAAGCUUCGCCGGCAACACUGGAGUACCGAGUUAACAAGUCUACGCUGUUCAAAGGCUUGAAGGCCAUGUCCAUGGCUUUGCUUCCCAGCUUGGAGUAAUUUUUCUUGAAUUUCAGUGACAGACAGUUGCGCUUUUUUGUACUCUUAAUUCGAGUAUUAUUUUUCGGUGCUACAGCUUUUAUACUGCCAUGGUUAGCUCAGGAUGUUCAGUUUCUUGCGAAGAAAUGCUGUUGAAUGUGAUAAUUAAUGUGUGUUUUGCCAUUAUCGGAAGACAGGCAC